UCUCACACUCUCACUACUCUCUCUCUGGAUCGAAGGGUUUAAGCUGAUUCUGUGCCCUAAAAUUUGGCGCCUUUCCACUUCGAUUGGGUUUCUUCUUACCUCCUUAAGCCACAAAGUCAAUUCAAUUUCGCUCAAUUCACUAGAGUUUCGAGUUGGCUCUGCUACUUCUUACUCGUUGAUUCUGCUCCUUCUAGGGAUUUCAACAAUGGGGAAAGCUUCUUCUCCGGUACCUAUAGGAGAAUGAAUUAAAAACGAAUUUUGAUUCCAAAGGAAUGCGCUUUUCGUUGAGUUUGAUUCAAGAGAAUGAUUCUACUACAUGUUACGCAUUGCAAAGCUGUAAUAAAGGUUGUUGAAUAUGACCUAUGGAGACGGGGAGGGCGGAAGUCAACGGAGAGAUUCACAACGCGGCAAUGACUUUGCCUAUGCACUCGCUAGAAUGGCCGUGGCGCAGAUAUGCGAGGGGGUCGAGAUCAGCACUCUCCAGGAAUCGCAUUCACGGGAAGGUGCGAGGUUCAGCUCUUUUCAGGAGUCUGCGCUCGAGAGACUGACCGAUGUAGUGGUCCAGUACGUUCAAAGCGUUGGGAAGACGACGCAGUUCUAUGCUAAUAUGGCUGGGAGAGUGGAAGGUAAUGCUUUGGAUGUUGUUCAGGCGCUGGAGGAUUUGGGAUCUGGAUUGGGUUUCAACGGUGCUCAUGAUGUUGAGCAUUGUCUUGGUGACUCCGGUGUGGUUAAGGAUAUUAUUCGUUACACAGGGGAAGCUGAGGAAGUGCCUUUUGUUUAUUCUCUUCCUCGGUUCCCUUUUAACAAAGGGAAGAGACGAGCUCCUAGCUUCUCUGAGAUUGGAGCAGAGAUGGCGGAUGAGCAUAUUCCAGUUUGGCUUCCUGCUUUUCCUGAAACCAAGAUGUCUAAGGAGGUCGAAGAGACUAAUGUUGAGAAAAUAGAAGGGGAGGUGAAGAGCAAAGAAAAUGGAGUGUCUUUGCCGAGUAUGCAGCAGUCUUUGGAUGUUGAUAGGUUAAAAGUUCAGAAAUCUAUGGAUCAGGAAGCUGUUCUGGAACCAGCAGAAGAACCGGAGGGUAAUCCAUUCCUUGCUGCACCAGUUUGGGUUAGCGAGAAGGACGUGCCACGUGUGUUUUGCCCGUCAGAGCCUACAAAUGAAGAAGUUACCAUUGGCCACGUUCCUGAGAAACAAACGAACAAGAGCCAUCAUAUUCCACCCCUUGAGGCACAUGCACCAUCUGGCACGAUCAACGAGGAGAGCAGAUUUGGUGGAACGGAGGAUGGACAGAGAAAAGAUGGUGCAAUAACAGAAAGAGCCUUGCUCCGUUUCAAGAUUGGAACUCGAAAGGCCUCUAUGCGUUUGACGAUAAAGCAGAGCUUAGAAGAUAAGGGUUGGUUUCUAGAGGAUGGAGAAAAAAGGGAGAAGAAGGUGGAACGCGAAGAGAAACUUGAAACCAUUGACACAGAUGUAAAAUAGGCAUAUUAGCAAUGGAAAAGCUGCCUGGGUUGCCCACUGAGCUUAUUUCCCGGAAAAGCUGCAACCUCACUUGUCACGACUUCACUUAUCAAGUCCUUGAAAAUUAGCCUCUCUAUGUCUAACACUAACCCCGGUGUCUCUCCUUCAAUCUCCUUCCAGUUCAUGCCUUGGCCUUGCAGG